AUGAAUAGAGAACUUAUGAGACAAUUACUAGGAGGACGUGAUCCAAUGGAAAAGAUCACAGAUGCUACUCCAUUACCAGAUACAGCUGAAACCAUUCAUAUAUCAUCAUUGGCAUUAUUAAAGAUGUUACAACAUGCAAGAGCAGGUGUACCAUUAGAAGUUAUGGGGUUAAUGUUGGGAGAGUUGAUUGAUGAAUAUACUAUUAGAGUGAUUGAUGUAUUUGCUAUGCCUCAAAGUGGUACAAGUGUAUCUGUUGAAGCUAUCGAUCCAGUCUUUCAAACAAAGAUGUUGGAAAUGCUAAAGCAAACUGGUAGAAACGAAAUUGUUAUUGGUUGGUAUCACAGUCAUCCAGGUUUUGGUUGUUGGUUAUCAAGUGUUGAUGUAAACACUCAACAGAGUUUUGAACAAUUACAAGCAAGAGCAGUUGCAGUUGUAGUUGAUCCAUUACAAAGUGUUAGAGGAAAGGUUGUUAUUGAUGCAUUUAGAACCAUUAAAACAUCACCAACUGCCGAACCAAGACAAAUUACAUCGAAUUUGGGACAUCUUCAAGAUGCUUCUAUUCAAGCUCUUAUCCAUGGUCUCAACAGAAACUACUACUCUAUCGCCAUCAACUAUAGAAAGAAUGAAUUGGAACAAAAGAUGUUACUCAAUUUACACAAGAAAAAAUGGACCGAUGCCCUUACCCUUGAGAAAUUUGAUACUUAUUCUCAAUCAAAUGAAAAGAAAUUAAGUGUACGUUUAAAAAAAGAAAAAGAAAAAGAAAAAGAAACAAAGAAACAAAAGAAUGAUAUAUUGGAACUUACCAAAUCAUAUCAUAAAUCAAUUCAAGACGAAGAUAAAAUUGUUGAUCCAGAAAAGAAGGAAGUUCAAUUGGUUGGUAAAUUAGACGCCAAGAAACAUUUAGUUGCCGAUGUUCAUUCUUUAAUGGCCUCCAAUGUUGUUAGAGUUUUAACUGUAAUGUUGGAUACUACCACUUUUUAA